CUCAUCUCGCACUACACGAUAUGGUCGUCGGGUCUCUACUGUUGCCUAUCAUCGGAGGUGUGCCGUCGACCGCAAGACAUCAUCAAACUCUAUGCACAACAAAGUAAUUUCAAACUGAGCAGGCACGUCCGGUCCAUUUCCAUUGAACGUCAGCGUAACGCCAUUAACCGGGGACAGGGGUCGGCGGGUGAGGUGCGGGCCUCCACGCCCACCAAUAUUAAGAUUAAGGAGUGGUUUACGACAAUCAAUCACAAGUGGACUAAAAUCAAGAAACAGACCCAACAGACCAUACUUAGACACCAGCCCCUCAUCACCGACACCAGUGAUUAUGCAGAUAAGAAAUGGCUGCAAAAAUGCUUUGCAGUGAUGUGCCAUUUAGGGCGUGUAAACUAA